UUCCUAAGAACUUGAACUCUCUUUUAUCACCGCCUCCUUGAGUGCAUCCAUCGUACAUCACCACAUCUUCGAUUUGGUUUUUCACGAUCACAAGCAAAUCCUGCGACCAUCAAAAAGUCUCGGCUUAUCAUCGACCCGCAGUUCCCCGACGCCGUUUUUUCGCUCAGACGCUCCACGGCCCGCGCUCAAGAAUUUCAUCAAGGCUCCCCUUUCACAAGCCAGCAAUCGCCCUCGCGCUCACUCUCCUCCACACACGCGCCAUCAAGACUCAUCGCAUCAGACUCAUUAACUUGAACGUCUGACACGCACCGACGCACCGGAAAACGAUACCUCACACGACACCGGCCCACCUGCACACCGGCACACGACUACACACGACCUCACGAUGAAGUACUUUCAGCAAUCGGUCGACUUCGACUACUCGUGGGAGGAAGUCUCGACAAGUAACUGGCAAAAGUAUGGGCCAUGGAACGAAAAGACACCGCACGUUAUCGCCGUCGACACGCUGUCUCGCUCUGUUGAUCCCAACACAGGAAUUCUGCGCACAGAACGACUCAUCACAUGCCAACAGUCCGCGCCCAAAUGGGUAACCGCCAUCCUAGGCGGCGUCGACACCUCCAUGGUCUAUGAGACAUCCUACGUUGACCCUGUCGCCAAGAAGCUCACCAUGUGCUCGAUGAACAUCACAUGGGCCGACCUGCUCCAGGUCCGCGAAACCUGCGUCUACACACCCAACUCCGCGUCGCCGUCGAACAAGACCAGUUUCACACAGCGCGCCGAGAUCACAGCGUUCUGCGGAGGAUGGCAAAAGAUCAAGAACAGCAUCGAACAGUUCACCGUCGACCGCUUCCAGCAAAACGCACAGGCGGGCAAGGAGGGUUUUGAGAUGGUUCUCGAGCGCGCGCGACAGGUGUUCCAGGAGCAGCGGGAAAUCCUUGCUCUGCAGCAGGGCAGCCGGAUUCUGAGGGAGGCGAAGAUGUAAAGCAUAUGUGCCCCUCCCAUACCCCACUCAUCCGCCCACGAGUCAUCGCCACUCCAUCGACACACUCACCUCAUCUCGACGAUACCUCUUCGCCUGCUUCUUCUCACAUCUUAGCGAUUGAUUACGUUUCUUGUUCACGGUCAAAAGUCCAUUUCACUGGCGUUACAAAAGCAUCGGAAUGGCGUUUAUACCCUCUUCUCUGGGAGUUUCGAAGAGCAUCUAGAUAUGAUAGAUAUGGUAGAUCCGAUACACACGACUUAUUUGUAGAGUAACUGCAUACACCU